AUGCCUACUCUCAAAAUGCCCCGAGCCGCCCGGCGACCUGGAGCAGCUGCAUCCCAGCAGACUCGACUGCUAACUGAGUCCGCCAGCCUUGUGGACUUCCUAAACGCGGUGCAGCAAAAUGGCAUAUCUUUCUUGCCCGUCUCCUGGCACAAAGGCCUGGGAAUCCUAGGAAGAGGCCUGUCCGGAGGAAUCCAGCAAUCAACAGCAGACGUUGCCACGGUUCUGGCCUUCAAGGAAGGUAUACCGUCCAAACAUGAGCGCGAUACAGAACAAGACCAGGACUGGUACUCUCUCGUAACCGAGAUCACCGUUCUCCAACACAAAUCCAUUCGAGAGAACCCUUACAUCACCGACCUCAUUGGUGUUUCCUUUUAUGUCGAGCCUAACGCUGGUACAGAGAAGCGAGCUUGGCCUCUUCUCGUGACGUCUAAAGUCAAUCGUGGAGACCUUAGCACUAUGUUGACGAACGAACAGCAAGGGCUUUUGACAGAAAAUAUGCGGAUGCAGCUGUUCGCCGAAAUCGCUGAAGCGGUUUAUACACUUCAUGCGUGUGGCGUGUCUCACGGUGAUAUCAAACCGGAUAACUUCUUGAUAGAAGAGUCGGACGAACGUGAAAUCAAUUGCUUAUUGAUUGACUUCGGCUCCAGCACUAUCCGAGGGCAGGAGCGUCUGCCCACGACAAACGAGCCAUGGAAUGCGCCGGAGCUGGAAGAUGCGUCUCGCAGCCUCGGUUUCGAGGAACUUGCGCAAACCGAUAUAUUCUCGCUCGGUCUUGUUUGCUUCCACCUCCUGCUGCCUCUGGAAACCUUGGAAAAUGCGAACUUGUGUCUGAUUCGACGACCGGCACAAUCGGACGUUCAUUGGGUGCAGUUCAUUCAGCAAAUGAAAAAAUUAAAGGAAGUAGAAGUCGGUCAAACCCUCUCUGUGCGGAUGCUGGACACCAUUAAAAAGAGCGAUGUCUCGACCGAGCAGAAAGACAUUCUUCGGAAUAUUGUUGUCUCUACAAUUCAGCCUCAGUCUGGGGGAAGAACGAUACCAUGGGCAGAUAUCUUGCCGCAUAUCGAGAAACACUUGUCUCAUAGCUUCAACGACAACCCCAAUACUCUCGUGAACCCACCGCCACUAACAUGCAGCUCGAUUGCUCUAGACCUCUCCAAGCAUAGUGUCUUCGACCUGGCGGCAGCUCUUGGCGAGCUCGACGACACGGACUAUGUUCUACGUGCUAACAUUACCCAGGAUUUGGCAUACAAAGCAAAAUGUUCUGCCUGCGAUGCAUGUAAGCUCCAGUACGCCUUCCACGUUACUGUUUGCCACACCAUCGGCUUUGGCUGCUCUCAGGAUACCGAAAUUUCGCGGCAAUGGCUGGUUAAGAGCGGCAAAACGCAAGAAGACGUCGACCUAGCUGUCCAACGGAUUAGCACGGCUUACCAAAUCACGGGUCGCGUUGCGAGGAGCGCAUACCAGAUAUCUAGGAGACUCCCUGAUGCCGAGAAGUCCCUCAAAGAGGAGAUUGAGGGAAGAACGCGUGUCUUUGGUGAAACUAGUUGCUGUCUGGCAAGAUUGCAAUUAGAGCUAUCGCUCGUGUUAAAAGCUCAGAACCGCCUAGCUGAUGCCGAGAGAUUUCAACGGGAAGCCGCCAACAUCCUAACUCAGCGUUUUGGAGAACGCCAUCCGUCUUCAUUGCUCGCGAAGAUAACUCUGGCCGACACUUUAGCUGACCAAGGCUGGCUUCGGAAGGCUGGGGACCUGCAUAGACACGUGCAACCGAUCCUCAAGGAUGUUCUCGGUGCAGAACACCCAGAAACGGCGACAGCGCUACAGAUCAUGGCCACCACUCUGACCAACCUCGGGGAGUACAUAGAAGCUAAGACGAUACUCAGAGAAGUGGUUUCUAUCCGAAAUAAAGUCCUAACACCGGCACAUCCUUCCACUGUGAACGCAGAGCUGAGUCUUGUGUCCGUUCUCCGAGCUCAAGGAUCACUCAACCAAGCUUUAGACCUGAUGAAGAGCAUCGACGACAAGCUGGCUAAUAUGCUUGCCGGCGAUGACCUUACCAAGGCGCAGCUCUGCAUUUCCCAGGCUUUUCUCUACAGAGAGAUGAGGUUACUAGAUCGAGCAACUACGACGAUUACGGAAGCAUUGACGGCAAUCAAUAGGCUGAAGCUCCCUGGGGAUGACAGGCUGAGAUUGACCGCAUUGCAGAUGCUCGCGACGAUCCAUGGAGCUGGUCAGGAAUGGGACAAGGAAGAAGCUGUUCUCUGUCAAGUUCUGGACGCAAUCAACUCCCCCGAUGAAAAGAAUCGAGAGUGGUCUAUUACGAAGUGUCUUCUUGCCGAAAACCUUCUUUCGCAGCAUCGAUUGGACGAAGCAUCCGCUGUUGCCGACAAGGUCAUGGCGUCCUCGGGAAGAUCUGUCGCCGAGGAUCCCGAAAACUACGUCGCGUGCGCCGAAGUUUUGGCAACUGUUCUUUCAUAUCAAGGUCAGACUGAGGAGGCGGAGAAGAUUCUGCGCAGCCUCUUAGAGUCUUGCGAGGCAAAGUUCGGAGAAGAUAACUAUCUCACUUUGGAUGUCGCGUAUUCACUCGGCGUGUUCUUCGCUAACCAAGGCGCUUACGACAAGGCGCAACAACUUUACGAGCGGGUCCUUAGACAUCUACGAAAUGCAUCUGGGUUAGGGAAAGAUGCUAUCAAAGUGGGGAGGUUACUUGCGAUUGCUUAUAGCGAGCAAGGUAACUUUGAGAAAGCGAAGCAGCAAUGCGAAGAGGCUGCCGUGUGGGCCAAAGAUGCCGUAGGGGAAAAGCACAUAGAAGCAUUAGCAGUCUAUAAUGUCCUUGCAGCCACUUACACUCAAAUGGGACGGUAUUCGGAUGCUGAAGAGUCGUUCACGAGGGUCGAAAAGCAAAGUCAAGGCAGUGACCUGGAAAUCUUUGUCAAGGAAAACAUGUCGGAGCUAAGACAACAGCAAGGGCGGCUUGAGGAGGCUACAGACUUGAUGGCUGAGGCACAUAGGUUGAUGACUUUGAUGUAUGGGAAGUCGCAUCCCAACCUUAUCAAGAUGAAAGGAAACAUCCUGGCAGGUGCUCUGAGCCAGGCCGAGCCAUUGACCGAUGAGCUUGAGAGGGAAGUGUUGGAGAACCUACAGCUUAAGAAGGAGAUUCUAGGCGCCGUGCACCCUUCGACAAUCAAAACGAUGGGCGAUCUGGCUUACGCGUACGGGCAACGUGGACGUCUUGAGGAUUCCGAGAAGCUGUUUGAAGAGAUUUGGGAACUUGGUGGCGUGGAAGUGGUACAAAGUCCCCAGCGAUACGCGACCCUGUUGGGCAGACGUGCGGAGGUCUAUUUCCGAACUGGCCGCUUCGAAAAGGCAGAGGAGCUUGAGCGCAAAUCGCUUGCCGUUCGCCAGCACAUCUUCAGGGAUGAUCAUCGCGCCGUGUUGGUGAGCAUGGCAAACCUCGCCUCCACCCUCAACGCGCAGGAAAAGUAUACCGAGGCCGAGAUAUACCUUCGGCGCAUUCUUAUUGUUCGCGAGGGCUUGCUAGUGACGGAUACGCAGUCGAUAUUUAGCCUAUUGAAGUCGCGGGUCUCACUUGCCGCAGUUCUGUUCUUCCAGAAAAAGUUGCAAGAGUCAUUCCAGCUCUACUUGGGCGCUGUUGAGGCGGCAGAACGUGUAGGCUUGCCUGCUACGAUAGUUGAUAUAUGGAAGGCUGACCUGGAGAAUGUGUUACAAGAUAUGACGGAGCAGGAAGUAACGCAGCAGGGAGUAGCGGAGGGAGUGGCAGAGCCGGAGACAACAAACUAA